UCCCAGAGGUGUUGGUAUGUUGUGUUUUGGUUCUUACUGGUCUAAAAAUUUUUUUGAUUUCCUCUUUAAUUUCUUUCUUGCUCAAUAAUUUGGGAGCAUGUUCUUUAAUUUCCGUGUAUUUGUGCAGUUUCUAAAGUUCCUCUUGUAAUUGAUUUCUAGUUUUGUUUCAAUGGAGUCUGAGAAGACACUUAGCAUUAUUUAUUUUUAAAAAUUUUGUUGAGCCAUUUUUGGUGCCCUAACAUGUAGUCUGUCCUGGAGAAUGUUCCCUAUGCUGAUAAGAAAAAUGUGCAUUCUCUAGCUCUUGGAUGAAAUUUUCUGUAAAUUUCUGUUAGAUCCAUUGGGUAUAAAGUGCAGUUUAAAUUAAAUGUUUUUUGUUCGUUCGUUUGUUUGUUUGUUUGUUUUCUGUCUAGAUGAUCUAUGUAAUACUGAGAAUGAGGUGCUUAAGUCCCCGACUAUUAUUGUGUUGGAAUCUCUCUCUCCCUUUAGAUCUAAUAAUAUUCGCUUUAUACAUCUGGGUGCCUAGGUGUAGAGUGUAUAUAUGUUUAGAAUUGUUAUAUCCUCUUGCUGAAUUGAUUCUUUUUUUUUUUUUUGGAGACAGUCUCACUCUGUCACCCAGGCUGGAGUGCAGUGGUGCGAUCUCAGCUCACUGCAACCUCCACCUCCCGGGUUCAAGUGAUUCUCCUGUCUCAGCCUCUUGAGUAGCUGGGAUUACAGGCACAUGCAGCCAGCCCCUGCUAAUUUUUUGUAUUUUAGUAGAGAUGGGGUUUCACCGUGUUGCUGAGGCUGGUCUCAAACUCCUGAGCUCAGGCAAUUCACCCGCCUCGGCCUCCCAAAGUGCUAGGAUUACAGGCAUGAGCCACCGUGCCCGAUCCCUUUAUCAUUUCAUAGUGACCUUUCUUGUCUCUUUUUUACUAUUUUUAACUUACAGUCUAUUGUAUGUAAUAUUCAUAUAGCUAUUCCUGCUGGCUUUUGGUUGCCAUUUGCAUAAAAUAUCUUUUUUCUUCCCUUUACUUUCAGUCCAUAUGUGUCUUUACAAGUGUGAUGAGUUUCUUCUAAGCAGAAUAUUGUUGAGUCAUUUUUUAAUCCAUUAAUUCAAGCUAUAUCUUCUAGGUGGAAAAUUUAAUCCAUUUGCAUUCAAGGUUAUGCUUGAUAUGUGAGGGCUUAUUGCUGUCAUUUUAUUAAUCCAUUUCUGGUUAUUUUUGUAUAUUCCUUGUUCAUUUCCUUCUCUAUCAUUGUUUAUACAGAGGCACACAGGACAAAUCCAUUCAUGCUCCAACUCCUACACGCCCGGGAAGCAGUUUUAUUUUACAGCAAGUUCAAGAGUCACACCGCAGAUGCCGUAAAAGGGAAAGAAGCCCGCCGUUGGGGCGAGGAUUCCAGUUUUGCGGCACUGUCAAGGCGGGAAAGUUCCCGGCCGUCGGUUGGAAGGUGGGUCCUCGCCCCGCCCCCUCGGGCUACACUUCCGCGCUUCCGGGAGGCGUGCCCCAAGCUCAGGGACCCCUCGCUGGGUGCCGGUUAAGACCCCGCUCCCCGUCGCCGGUGCUAUGGAGGCGGCGGCGGCGGCGGCGGCGGCGGAAGUGGAAAACGAAGACGGCGACAGCAGCUGCGGGGAUGUGUGCUUCAUGGACAAAGGCUUGCAGAGUAUAUAUUUUCUUUUGUAGCAUUUCAGAAUUAUCUUUAGAUUCAACUCUUCAUGCCGUCAAUCUUCAUUGCAAUAACAUCUCCAAGAUCGAAGCCAUUGAUCAUAUUUGGAAUUUACGACAUCUAGAUCUGUCAUCUAAUCAAAUAAGUCGAAUUGAAGGGCUAAACACACUGACAAAACUGUGCACAUUAAAUUUGUCCUGCAAUUUGAUUACAAAAGUAGAAGGACUUGAAGAACUAAUUAAUCUGACUAGACUAAAUGUAUCUUAUAACCACAUAGAUGAUCUUAGUGGAUUGAUUCCCCUUCAUGGAAUUAAGCAUAAACUUAGAUAUAUUGAUCUACAUAGUAAUUGUAUAGAUAGUAUCCAUCACUUACUUCAGUGUAUGGUAGGAUUGCACUUCCUGACCAAUCUUAUUUUGGAGAAAAAUGGAGACGAUAAUCCUGUCUGUCAACUGCCAGGGUACAGAGCAGUUAUUCUCCAGACUUUGCCACAGCUUAGAAUCCUAGAUUGCAAGAACAUAUUUGGUGAACCAGUAAAUUUGGCAGAAAUAAAUUCAUCACAGCUGCAGUGCCUAGAAGGUCUUUUGGAUAAUUUAGUUUCUUCUGAUUCUCCCCUAAAUAUAAGUGAAGAUGAGAUCAUUGAUAGAAUGCCAGUGAUAACAGCACCCAUCGAUGAGUUAGUUCCCUUGGAACAGUUUGCAAGUACACCAAGUGAUGCUGUGUUGACGUCUUUUAUGUCUGUGUGUCAAUCUUCUGAGCCAGUGAAAAGUAAUCAUGAAAGCGAUUUGCAGAAUGAGAUAAAACUUCAGAAAUUAGAUGAUCAAAUUCUACAACUUCUAAAUGAAACUUCUAAUUCAAUAGAUAACGUUCCUGAGGAAGACCCCAGACCAAAAAGAGACACGGAUAUAACUUCUGAAAGUGACUAUGGAAACAGAAAAGAAUGCAAUAGAAAAGUUCAUCGAAGAUCAAAAAUCCCUUAUUAUGCCAAAACCAUUCAAACUAUUAAGCACCACAAUAAAAACUACAGCUCUUUUGUAAGUUGUAAUCGUAAAAUGAAACCACCUUACCUUAAAGAAUUAUAUGUAAGCUCGUCUUUAGCAAACUAUCCUAUGUUACAAGAAUCAGAAAAGCCAAAGACUGAAAUAAUUAAAGUAGACCAAAGUCACUCAGAAGACAACACUUACCAGUCCCUUGUUGAACAGCUAGACCAAGAGAGAGAGAAGAGAUGGAGAGCUGAGCAAGCUGAAAAUAAACUCAUGGAUUAUAUUGAUGAGCUGCAUAAACAUGCAAAUGAAAAAGAGGAUAUUCAUAGUCUGGCUCUACUUACCACAGAUAGGCUAAAGGAAAUUAUUUUUAGAGAGAGAAAUUCCAAAGGACAACUCGAAGUUAUGGUUCACAAACUUCAAAAUGAAAUUAAAAAACUGACUGUUGAACUAAUGAAAGCAAAAGAUCAACAAGAGGAUCACCUUAAACACUUAAGAACCCUUGAAAAAACAUUAGAAAAAAUGGAGAGACAAAAAAGGCAACAGCAGGCAGCACAGAUAAGACUGAUCCAAGAGGUGGAGCUCAAAGCUUCAGCUGCUGAUAGAGAAAUAUACUUACUUAGAACUUCCCUUCAUCGAGAAAGGGAACAAGUGCAACAACUUCAUGAACUUCUUGCAUUGAAAGAACAGGAACACAGGAAGGAACUUGAAACAAGGGAGUUUUUUACUGAUGCUGAGUUCCAGGAUGCCUUAGCUAAAGAAAUAGCCAAAGAAGAGAAAAAGCAUGAGCAAGUGAUAAAAGAAUACCAAGAGAAAAUUGACGUGUUAAGCAAGCAGUAUAUGGAUUUAGAAAAUGAAUUCCGUAUUGCUUUAACUGUUGAAGCCAGAAGAUUUCAAGAUGUUAAAGAUGGUUUUGAAAAUGUUGCAACUGAGUUAGCAAAGAGCAAACAUGCUCUUAUUUGGGCUCAACGAAAAGAAAAUGAGUCUUCCUCUUUAAUUAAAGAUCUGACCUGUAUGGUAAAGGAACAAAAAACAAAACUGGCAGAAGUUUCUAAAUUGAAACAAGAAACAGCAGCAAAUUUACAGAAUCAAAUCAACACCCUUGAAAUUUUAAUUGAAGAUGACAAGCAGAAGAGUAUUCAAAUAGAACUUCUGAAGCACGAAAAAGUCCAGCUUAUUUCUGAGCUAGCAGCCAAGGAAUCACUAAUAUUUGGUUUAAGGACAGAAAGAAAAGUAUGGGGACAUGAGCUGGCACAACAAGGAUCUUCUCUAGCCCAAAAUCGUGGAAAAUUGGAGGCUCAAAUUGAGAGUUUAUCUAGAGAGAAUGAAUGUCUGCGAAAGACAAAUGAAAGUGAUAGUGAUGCAUUAAGAAUAAAGUGCAAAAUCAUAGACGACCAAACUGAAACUAUUAGAAAAUUAAAAGAUAGUUUACAAGAAAAAGAGGAACACAUCAAAAGAUUACAAGAAAAGAUCACAGAAAUAAAAAAAUGCACUCAAGAACAACUUGAUGAAAAAUCUUCACAACUGGAUGAGGUACUUGAGAAGUUGGAAAGGCACAAUGAAAGAAAAGAAAAUCUAAAACAACAGUUGAAAGGGAAGGAAGUAGAACUUGAAGAAAUCAGAAAAGCUUACAGUACACUGAAUCGGAAGUGGCAUGAUAAAGGAGAACUUCUAUGUCAUCUUGAAACACAAGUAAAAGAAGUGAAAGAAAAAUUUGAAAACAAGGAAAAGAAACUUAAAGCGGAAAGAGACAAAAGUAUUGAACUACAAAAGAAUGCAAUGGAAAAACUUCAUAGUAUGGAUGAUGCCUUCAAAAAACAAGUUGAUGCAAUUGUUGAAGCUCAUCAAGCUGAAAUAGCACAACUGGCAAAUGAAAAGCAGAAGUGUAUUGAUUCUGCAAAUUUAAAGGUCCAUCAAAUUGAAAAAGAAAUGCGUGAACUUUUGGAAGAAACAUGCAAGAACAAAAAAACAAUGGAAGCAAAAAUUAAGCAACUUGCUUUUGCUUUAAAUGAAAUUCAGCAAGAUAUGUGAUGGUUCUGAGAAUGAAUUUAAUUGAAAUGGACCAGCAGACCUAUUGUAAAAAUGAUUAAAUAUUGUAAUAGUGGUAACUGCUAUGACUUUGAAAUGUCUCUUUCUACACAUUUCAUUAUGAAUAUAUUUUUAAAGACUUUUGAUCAAGUAUUUAUUAAUUGUAUAGGUUUUUUAUAAUAAAUUGUUGACAAGUUUGUCUAUUCGAAAAAAACUCAUAACUAGACUUACAACAUUUUUCUUGUUUCUGUACUAUACGUUGUUUGGUAAUUACACAUUUGCCUACAGAUUUGUGAAUGAAAAGAUUAGUAUUUUCACUAUAUGAGGUAAAAUAUUUUAAUCAUUGUUAUUGUGAUGAUGAAGAACUAAUUAUAUUUGUUGUCAUUUAAUUGAUGUAGCUCAAUUCUUUUAAAGUGCUUAUGUAGCCAAAAAGCAUUUGAAAUCUGUAUGAUAAAAGAUGUGGCAUUCUUAAGAAAGUAUAUAUAGCCAUCUCCACAUCACUCAUUAUGACCCCUUCUUUUAUAAUGCAUAUAUCUUUUCGUUAAAGAUUACAUUUAAGGUUUUAUAAAUAUUGUCUGUUCCUGAAGAGGAACACCACUGUUCCACCUUCAUUCUCCCUUCUAAUCACUGUAUAUGAAGAAAUUCUGAUAAUGUAACUGGAAGCAGUAAUUCAUUUCAUUCCAUACCAGGUCAUUACUGUAUUACUGUUUCAUUUUUGUCACAAUAUAUGCUAUGUAUGCAGAACAAAAGUCUUAAGUACUAUGCCCCUCUUCUAUUUCUAAAAGGAAGAAAAUAUAUAUUUUCUUGAUACCA